GAAGAAACUCGUUAGGAUUUAACCAAACCAUCAAACUUCAACUUCAAAUAAAAGUUCAUUUUACUAUUUUAGAUCUUCGUGCCAAAACCAAUUUCAGUUUUCAAAAUCCCUCGCAGGGACAAACACAGAACAACAGAGCAAGAACUCUCUGUCGUAAGAUAACUAAUCCAUAACUAACCUCUCUCGCUUUCCCUCUCUCCACAAUGCCGGCUACUGAUACAGACUUAGAUCUCAAUACUUCCACUGCUUCUGCCUUCUUAAUCGGAGAUUAUACAUUUGCUGAUGCAAGCAACCUGGAACACUGUGCUAAGUACUUGAAUCAAACUCUUGUUACCUUUGGUUUCCCUGCCUCUCUUGACCUCUUUGCCAAUGAUCCGGUUUCCAUUGCCAGGACCUGCAAUUGCAUAUACUCUUUGCUUCAACAGAGACAGCGUGACAUUGAAUUUAGAGGCUCUGCUAAUGAGCAGAGGCAGAGAUUACUGUCGGAUAUAUCACGGUUGGAAGCAAAAGUGGAGAGGCUUGAGACACAGUUACAAGGCAAAGAUAGGGAAAUAGCAACAAUUACACGAACGGAAGCUAAAGCUACAGCAGCUUUUAAGGCACAAAUUGAAAAGCUGCAGCAGGAACGAGAUGAAUUCCAAAGGAUGGUCAUUGGUAAUCAGCAAGUUAGAACUCAACAAGUACAUGAAAUGAAGAAAAAAGAAAAGGAGUACAUAAAGCUGCAGGAGAGGCUGAAUCAAGUAUUGAUGGAGAAAAAGAAGGAAUCAAGAUCAGGCAUGGAGAUAAUGAAUUUGCUUCAGAAAGAAGGCAGGCAGCGAGGGACAUGGAAUGGGAAGAAGACAGAUAACGAUUUCUAUAAGAAAAUAGUGGAUGCUUAUGAGGCUAAGAAUCAAGAACUGAUGCAAGAGAAUGCUGAUUUAAGGGCUUUGUUGCGGUCAAUGCAGGUUGAUAUGCGUGAUUUCUUUAAUGCUCCAAAUGGUUCAGCAAAACAAUCUUCGCCUGUCAAUGGAAGAAAUGAAACUGACCCUUCACAGUCUCCCUUGGGAGGAAAGACGGAUGUCUUUGACCUGCCUUUUCACAUGGCCAGAGAUCAAAUUGAGGAAAGUCUCCGAACUAAGAUGGCUUCCAUAAAGGAGCGCAUGGUUCAACUACAAGAUGCACAGAAAGGAGCAGAAGUCACAUCUGAAGCAACUGAGAGAGAGCUUGAACUAGAAGCUCAACUUGUUGAGGCAAGGAGCAUAAUCCAGGAGCAGGCAUCCAUAAUGUCUAAACAUCUUGCUAAGUCUGAGAGGCCAAGCAGGGAAUCUAUCAUUUCAUCGCCAGCUGAGGGAGUAUGAUAUUACAAGCUUGAUAAUAUCCACAUUUUGGUAUCGAGUUCGGUGAAGCUGGCUAUAUAGCAAGAUGCAUGGUGCAAGCAAGAAGAGCAACACCUUAUUAUAACCAGAGUAUUCAGUAUGGUUAUUUUUGUUUAACAUUGAAAAUCAGUUGCAUGCCAUAGUGUUAAUGUAAUUAGUAUCUAAGCUGUUGUUAGAUGUGAUGGCAUAUGCUGACAUUAGCUCAUAGAAAAAUUCUGUCCAUUUUGUUUAUGUUUAUAAAAAUUUUAGCUAUAUAAAUGAGUCUGAGCGAAAUUGAGUUUUGAAAAAUUCAGGCUCUACUCAUUAGAUCUUUA